AUGGCUCCUGCACGCAACAGUGUGCUGGUGCUACUUGGCCUUGCAAUCAGUAUCCGUGCUGCACCUGCUGGCUUUCAAGAGCGUCAAGGAGAGAUAAAUCCACCUCAGCAAAGCGUCUCAUGGGACACUGGUAACCCGGAGCCCACCGAGGGCCCCUAUGAACCUAUCAAUCCACCAAAGCCAACGGACCAAAUCAGCCUUGGAAAACCGUCAUUCUGGAUCAGCUGGGAGACUAGUGAGCCUGAACCCACACCCGAACCUGAAUACCCCCCGCCAAAACCAAGCGACCAAAUCAGUAUUGGCAAUCCAUCCUAUAGCAUUAGCUGGGAUGGAGAAGGUCCGGGUGCCUCGACGCCCACUCCUGUGCCCACACCUACACCCAAACCAACCCCAGAAUACCCAUCCGUCACACCGUCACCAUCUGUUCCAACAAGCUCCAGCACUUCUAAGCAGGCUUCCUCUUCAGUGCCUACCAGCAAGUCCAUUUCAACCGGGAAGGUUUCUUCGACCAGAAAGCCAGGAUAUCCUCCUUGGAACCCGUGGCCACCAAGACCAACGACUUUUAAAUCCACGACGAGGCCCAAGCCGUCGUCAACUCAGACGCCGACAUCAACGAAGGAAGUACAAACCAGCUCACCGCCACCCCAGUAUAGCAUAAGCUGGAACAUGGAGCAACGCAAUGUUAAGCCUACGUCUACAAAGAAGCCAACACCUACCUCAACUAAGAAGCCUACGCCCAAACCAACUCCUAAGCCUACUUCCAAGGUGACUCCUAAGCCUACAUCCAAGCCGACUUCCAAGCCAACAUCUAAGUCUACACCCCCAUCUACUUCAAAAGCUACACCCACACCCACCCCAACAUCCACUUCAAAAGCCGCUUCCACCCCCACUCCUACUCCUACCCCCAAACCAACCCCAACUCCAACCCCAGAACCCGACACCACAUCCUACGCACCCCCCGACAUCACCCUCGGCCCCCCAGACUUCAGCAUAAGCUGGGGAAAACGCACCCCAGAACCCACUUCUGCCCCAUUCCCCGACGAAGAAGACCCCUUCCCCGAAGACCCAGAAGAAGAAGACCCAGACUUCCCCUUGCCACCACCUACCCUCCCCACCCCUCCCAACGAAAUCAGCAUCCAACCCCCGACUGCAACCGUCAUCUGGGGCAAACGCCAAGAAGAUGAUGACGACGAUGAUGAUUUCCCGCCGCCGUCCAUCCCGAGUCAGGUUAAUAGUGUGGGGGUUGAACAGCCUACUGCGACGGUGAUUUGGGGGAAGAAGAGACAGGAUGAUGGGGGUGAUGAUGAUGACGAUUUUCCGCCCCCGUCGACGCCGACGCAACAUGAUAGUGCGGGGAUUGAGCAGCCUACUGCGACUGUGAUUUGGGGGUGA